GUUUUUUAAGAUGUCUCUUGCUGCCACCUGGCGGCAAUGCGUCUACAACACAAGUAGUGUGCCAACAGAGAGUUUUAUUUUGAAGGCAGUGCCCGGAAGUCACACUCUCCACGCUGCGUGACAGACUUGACCGUGGCAGGAGACUGUGAAACCUGGUUCGGGGGCAGAAGCAGGCAGCGGCUCUUCACUCUAGGCGUGGAUAUGAGAGGAAGGCGGAUGUGUUAACCUGGUAGUGAGCCGGUGAACAGGCCGCCGCACAGCAGCAUCCAUCGGAGCGGGACUGCCCUACUACCGGCCCGGCGGCUGCUGUCGCUACACAAGUGGCUCCUUAGCUCGCUUACGCGUACCCCACGCCACUUCAGCUGUCUUCAGGCCCGGGAACGAAGUGUAAAGAGCGGGGCCUCCGGCUACUACGACUCGGUUUGCGGCUGCUCUGGAGAGUUGAGCACGCCGGUUUAUUUUCCGGAGCCACAUCCUGCUGCUCCUGCCGAAAUGGACAACCUGAGCGAAGCCCUGGACAAGCUGAAGCUAGCGUCCUCAGACAGCACCAGUGACAGCGUGGAGAGCUGUCUUGACUGCCUGCUCAAAGCACUCGCCAACAACAACACUGAGGCCAGUGUGAAGAUCCAGGAGAUGGGCGUUCUUCCCCUGCUCCCCAGCCUGCUGAGCCCCCAGUCUUCCUGCACUCCUAAAGUAGCCAACGUGAUAGCUGAGGUGGCCAAAAAUGAGUUCAUGCGGAGUUCCUGCGUGGAGGCCGGCCUCAUCCCUCCUCUAGUUCAGCUCCUAAACUCCAGCGACCAGGAGGUUUUACUGCAGACCGGCCGAGCUCUUGGCAACAUCUGUUAUGACAGCCAUGAGGGCAGGAGUGCAGUUGACCUGGCAGGAGGGGCUCAGAUAGUAGCUGAACACAUUAAGUCCCUCUACCAAAAUACUGAGCCGGAAAAUGAGAAGCUCUUGACUGUCUUUUGUGGCAUGCUGAUGAACUAUAGCAAUGAUAAUGAUUCCUUACAAGCCCAGCUGAUCAAUAUGGGCGUGAUCCCCACUCUGGUGAAGCUGCUAGGCAUCCAUUCCCACAACACAGCCCUGACAGAGAUGUGUCUAAUUGCCUUUGGGAACUUGGCCGAGCUCGAGUCCAGUAAAGAGCAGUUUGCCUCCACCAACAUUGCCGAGGAGCUGGUGCGUCUCUUCCAGAAGCAGACGGAGCAUGAGAAGAAGGAAAUGAUAUUUGAGGUCCUGGCUCCACUUGCGGAAAAUGAUGUGAUCAAGCUGCAGCUGGUGGAGGCCGGUUUGGUGGAGUGUCUGCUGCAGGUGGUGGCUCAGACUGUGGACGGGGAGCGGGAGGAGGACAUCGCCCAGCUCAAGACCGCCUCUGACCUCAUGGUUCUCCUGCUGCUGGGAGACGAAUCCAUGCAGAAGCUGUUUGAAGGAGGAAAGGGCAGUGUCUUCCAGAGGGUCCUGUCCUGGAUUCCGUCCCACAACCAUCAGCUGCAGCUGGCGGGAGCUCUGGCCAUCGCCAACUUUGCUCGCAACGAUGGGAACUGCAUCCACAUGGUGGACACCGGUAUCGUGCAGAAGCUUCUGGACCUGUUGGAUCGACACGUCGAGGAAGGCAACGUCACCGUCCAGCACGCCGCUCUCAGCGCCCUGAGGAACCUGGCCAUACCUGUGGUAAACAAAUCUAAGAUGCUGUCAGCGGGCGUGGCCGACGUGGUGCUGAAGUUUUUGCAGUCAGAGAUGCCUCCAGUGCAGUUCAAACUUUUGGGAACACUACGUAUGCUCAUCGAUACACAAGCCGAAGCCGCUGACCAGCUGGGAACCAACGGGAAACUGGUGGAAAGACUGGUGGAGUGGUGCGAAGCCAAAGACCACGCAGGAGUGAUGGGCGAGUCCAACAGGCUCCUGUCUGCCCUGAUCCGACACAGCAAGUCCAAGGAAGUCGUCAGAACCGUCAUCCAGGGAGCAGGAGUCAAGCACUUAGUCACCAUGGCAACCAGUGAGCAUAUGAUCAUGCAGAAUGAGGCACUGGUGGCUUUGGGGCUCAUAGCAUCACUGGAUUUGGUUGCAGCAGAGAAGGACUUUGUGGGGGCUAGUCUGGUGUCGGUGCUUCACAAGCUGCUGUCAGAUGAGAGAAGCGCCCCAGAGAUAAAGUACAACUCCAUGAUCCUCAUCUGUGCAGUCAUGGGCUCAGAGCCUCUUCACAAAGAAGUGCAGAGCCUGGCGUUUAUCGACGUGGUUUCCAAGCUGAGGGCUCACGAAAACAAGACGGUGUCACAUCAGGCGUCGCUCACGGAGCAGCGGCUAACUGCUCAGAGCUAAAUGACUGUGUCCCGAACCCGCCACAACCCCACCCACCUUAAUGCCUGCCUGACCGACCACCCUUCCACCCACUCACCCACCCAGUGACACCUCAUGACUGCCCCUCGCCCUGUGACCCAUUGUCAUGUGCCAAGGUACCAUGUCGCGUUAACUGCCAGCCAGACGUACAGACAUGUCUCCACCCCCUGCCCACCUCCACUAGGGUUAGACUGAUGUAGUUUUUACUUGUCAUUCCAAAUCACAAACCUUUUUUUCAAGAAGAAGUUUUAAGGAGAAGACUUCACCCAGAACGAAACGACGCCUCUGACUGUUUUUCGACGGGAAGGCAACCCUCUCCUCUGAAAGCCAUAACAGGAUAGAUUUAUUUCAGCGGGUUAAGGCAGGCUUCAUUUCUUUGUAGUCUGAU